CGCUCUUUUCCAGCAAAGGGAAACGUGGAUAGAACAGGUGAGGUUACGUUUCGAGAUCAAACACCUGCUACAGCAGAAAACAGAAUCUGACUUAUAGAAAAACAACAGUGAUCUCCGUUUCUCCAAACGAUCAUACAUGGCGCGUUACUUCAGAGAAGAAGACAUAGAUGAAUUCCGAGAGUGUUUCUACCUGUUUGCUCGAAGUGGCCAGAUUCGCACCCUUGACGAGCUCACUAUAAUCAUGAGAUCUUUAGGAUUGAGUCCGACCAUCGCAGAAUUAAACAAGUACAUGAAGGACAAAGGUGGGAAAAUGUCUUUCGCUGAUUUCCUGGAAGUAAUGCAUCUUCAAACUCGUGCGGAGGACUUACCGCAGGAAGUGAUUAAGGCCUUUCAAGCCGCGGACACUUCUCACUCCGGUACUAUUCCAGCACGACAAUUGGCGCACAUGUUGCUUUACUGGGGAGAACAACUGAGCAGCAAAGAAGUGGAGCAAAUCUUUCGCGAAGCCAACGUGUCUUUGAAUGGACACAUCAAGUACGAAGACUUUGUGAAAAUAGCCUGCGCACCAGUACCUGAUUAUUACUAAGCAUUUUUAUGCAACUUUUUUAUGCACAUCUGAACAUAUAUAUUCUAUAUAUUAUAUAUUUUAUAGAUUUAUAUUCUGCUUCUUAAAACAUGAAAGGUAUGAGAGGGAAGAAUGGUGUAAUAAAUUAGGAUACACGCUUU